AAAGUACACAUGAUUUCAAGAAUCCAGAAAAAAAAGUUCAAAAAUUCAUCGAAGUAUAUAAGUAGAGUAACAUUUCUUUUUCAUUUAUAAGAACAUUUUCUUUCUCUCCCAAAUCCCUACAUUUCCACCCAAAUUCAUGGAUAAUGAAUCUUGAUUUUAUGUGAAGGAUAACUUCACCUUAGCCGGUUGUUAAUUAAAGGACAGCUAUUGAGGAUCAAAAAAAGGUAGUUGGUAUACGAUAGCUGCAAAUACCAAGGUCCUUUUCCGAGAGAAGCAGAUGCAAAGCAGGCAAACGAGAUGACAGAAGUAAAGUUAGGCUCAGAAAAGCAUAAGGAAGAGGAAAGCCGAAAAAGAAACCGAGAUAAAAUGCUGAACACAUCCAAGUCGAGCAGCAAAAAAUCUGUGAAAAAGUUGGGCUCAGAAAAGCAUAAGGAAGAGGAAAGCCGAAAAAGAAAGCAAGACAAAAUGCCGAACACACCCAAGUCAAGCAGCAAAAAAUCUGAGUCUGGACCUUCGUCGAGCAAAUCACCAGAAAAGGCAAAAAUCAGUUCCUCACUUCCACAGAAAACUGCGAAGAGGUCUAGCAAAGCCCAAAAUGGACUCGAGGGAGAGAGUGGGUCCAUGGAUGAAGUGACAGCUUCAGCUGAAAAAUAUACACCGAGCACACGCCAACUGAAAAUUAUGCGCGAGCUUGGUUUGAUGGCUCCUUCUGGGUCUCCUUUUGGUAAAAGGGAGCAUGUUGCUGCUCCUCCAAACCCCCCAAUUAUUCCCAAGGGACGUGUUUCUACACCUAAAAGGCCUCCAUCCAAUCCUAAGGAACGUCUUCCUGCAAUUAAUAGAAUAGUUGUUUGUGGUCUAGCUGCUGUUGGAUCUGCCAAUCAUGUUAUGAAGUAGCUUUUGCUUGUCAACUGAUUGAUCCUCGGUAACUCAGAGUUUGGUAUCUACCUAAACUACCUAUGUAGUGCUGAAGUUGUCAUCAGUGCUAUGCGAGGGGGAUGUAGGAUGAGUAUAAACUUAGCAUUUAGAGAUACAGUUUAGAACAUUUCAAUUACAGGUAUACCUCAAACAAAGAAGUGGGUGCAGGUACACCCGCGGCCUCUACAUCCGCCGAUGUGACUAUGGUGGUGUUGUAAUACCAACUGUAGAAAUGCACAUUAUGUUUUCUUUUGGUGUUCCCCUGCAUGUUGGUCACCCCUCCUAAGAGCAAAAACAAUUUUCAGUUUGCACUUUGUUGUCUGAAUGCUUUAAUGAGGUUAAUUCGCUCUUGGGCUUAAGAGUGG